AUGGCUGAGGUUACUUUAUCACACUUCUAUGAAGACAAAACAAAGACGACCUCAAGUCUUUGCUUGCCUGCCAUUUCAAUCCUCAUCUCCGGCAAGGAGAAGAACCUUUCCUCAGACCGCCCAUGGGAGGACUACUACCACGCUUUAAAUGGCCAGGUUCCUGUGGCUAGACUGCCGGACACUCUGAUAUGGCUGAGGCUAUUUUAUCACACUUCGCAACCUCUGUUCUCCAGAAGGUCACAUCCUUUGGUACAGAAUGGGCUGUUAAUGAGAUCAAAUGCCGAGAACAAGCAGUCUAGUUCGCAUGCCCUCCAAGAGUGGCUUGAUAACUUGAAGGAUGCAGUAUACAACAUUGAUGAUGUGUUGGAUGAUGUGGCUACCAGAAUUCUGGAGCAAGAAGUACACAAAGGUUUCCAUGCUCGACUUCAACAUCUACUAGUUUCUCCCUUCGAACUGAGUCACAGAAUAAAAGAAGUCCGUGAUAAUCAUGAUGAGAUAGCAGCCAACAAAUCACAGUUUGGAUUAGCUGAAAAGCUAAUUGAUUUCCCAGCAACCAAAAGUAGUAGUAGGGAAACGCACUCCAUCAUUGAACCAAACAUUAUUGGGAGAGAUGGUGCUAAAGAUGAGAUAGUUGAAAGGGUUCUAGCCGCUGCAGACUCCACGAGUCCUUUGUCUAUACUUCCCAUUGUUGGUUUAGGAGGCAUUGGGAAGACUGCAUUGGCCAAACUAAUUUACAAUGAUGUGCAGAUUACCAACAAAUUUGACAUGAAGUUAUGGGCAUGUGUCUCUGAUGUAUAUGAUCUUAAGAAGAUCUUGGAUGACAUAAUACAAUCAUCUUCUGGUGCAAGCCACAAAGAACUAAACCUUGAGGCGCUACAGUGUAUGUUGCGUGGGAUUUUACAUGAAAAGAGAUAUUUUCUUGUGCUAGAUGAUACGUGGAAUGAAGAAGUGAGUGAAUGGGAAGGCUUGAGAAGCCUUCUAUGUACUGGUCGUAAUGGAAGUGUAAUUAUAGUAACCACACGUGGUUCAAAUGUUGCAUCAGUGGUGAAGACACUGGAGCCAUAUGAAGUAGCAAAGCUACCACAAGAAGAGUGCACGGAAGUAUUUUUCCGAUAUGCAUUCAAAAGUGACGAAAAAAGGGAUGUCAAGUUGUUAAAAAUUGGAAAGUCAAUUGCGGAUAAAUGCUAUGGUGUCCCUUUGGUUGCAAAGACAUUGGGUUCCCAGUUGUUAAUCAGUCGAGAUGUUGGAGAGUGGCAUCGCAUCAACGAAUUGAAAUUAUGGAAUGUGAAGCAAGAUAACGUUGGAAUUUUGGCAGCACUAAAACUAAGUUAUGAUGCACUACCACCCCAUCUACGGGCAUGUUUUGCUUCCUUGUCCACUUUUCCAAAAGACUACAAACAUUUUACAGAAAGUCUUGUUAUGUUCUGGAUGGCAUUAGGAUUGUUGGACGGAGGAAAGGAAAGCAAUGACAUUAUCAGUAUUGGCCAAGAAUACAGUCAUGAACUUUUAGGAAGAUCACUUUUACAAGAUCAGUAUAUUCUUUUUGACUCUACUAUACAGUAUUGUAAAAUGCAUGAUCUUAUUCAUGACCUUUCAAUAAAAGUGUCCCAAAAGGAACAUACAGUUGUCAGUUGUGAAAAAUUUGAUGUCUCUGAGAGGAUUAGACACCUAGUGUGGGACAACCAAGACUUCUCAAUGGAGAUGAAAUUUCCUAAGCAGCUAAAAAGGGCCUGUAGGGCGAGGACAUUUAUAAGCGGAUACAAUUAUGGCAUUGUGAGUAAAGCCUUUCUUGAAGACCUUUUAUCAACUUUCAAGCACCUUCGUGUCCUAGUUUUUUCUCAUGCUGGAUUUGAAGAGCUGCCAAGUUCGAUUGGAAAUUUAAGGCACCUAAGGUAUCUUGAUCUACAACGGAAUAGAGAAAUCAAAUACCUACCAAAUUCUUUAUGCAAAUUAGUGAAUCUACAAACACUCCAUGUUGAUACGUGUGACCAACUAGUGGAGCUACCAAGAGACGUGCAUGGACUUGUUAACCUGACGUUUCUCUACUUGACUUCAAAGCAGAAACAUUUGUUGAAAGAUGGGUUUUGUGGUUGGCCUUCCCUGUCAGUUCUACAAUUGUACAACUGCCUUGAGCUAGCAUCAUUGACAGAGGGACUUGGCAGCUUGGCUUCCCUCAGAGACCUACGCAUCGCCGACUGUCCAAAGUUGCAUUCUCUUCCCUCUGCCAUGAGUCGGCUCUCCGAACUCCAGAAGUUGGUUAUUCAUAAUUGUGCAGAGGUUGAUCUGAUGAAACCAGAGGAAGCCUUUGACGGGCUUCGCCGCCUCCGUACGCUAGAGCUCUCUUCUCUUCCAAAGUUGGUGGGAUUUCCCGACAGCUUGAAAUCUGCUGCUUCCUCUCUAGGAUAUAUUUUGAUCCACGAUUGCAAAGGAUUAGAUAAGCUGCCAAGUUUCAUCCAAGAUUUCACUUCUCUUGAGAAAAUUGUGAUUCGUGACUGCCCUGCGUUGAGCAAGAGAUGUGCCGUGGGUUCUGGGGAGGAUUAUCUUCUCAUCCGCCACGUACGCGAGAGACACAUUGAUGGCAGAGUCUUCAAAAGGUAUAUUCUUUGUCUGCUCUGGUUUACUCCUUGA